AUGGGCAAGGAAAAUUGCAACCUUGUAACAGAGUUCAUUCUCCUUGGAUUCUCAGAUGUCCCUGCAUUGAGAGUCUUCCUCUUCCUGGUGUUUUUUGUCAUCUACAGAGUCACAGUCUUGGGGAACCUGGGCAUGAUAGGGUUUAUUUGGGUCAACCUUCAACUCCAUACCCCCAUGUACUAUUUCCUUAGCCAUUUGUCCUAUGUGGAUUUCUGUUACUCCACAAUCAUUGUUCCCCAGAUACUAGCUAACAUCAUAAAUGAAGACAAAUCCAUUUCCUUCAUGAGGUGGGUUGUGCAAUUUUACUUGUUUUGCGCAUGUGUGGUAACUGAGGUCAUCUUACUAGCCACAAUGGCCUAUGAUUGCUUUGUGGCCAUCUCUAACCCAAUGUUGUACAUGGCCACUAUUUCCCAAAAUGUCUGUGUGGAGCUGGUGUCUUAUUGCUACCUCUGUGGGACUGUGUGUUAUCUGCUUCAUGUGUGUUUAGCUCUUAAGAUUCCAUCUUACAGAUCAAAUGUGAUCAACAACUUCUUUUGUGAUCUGCCCCCUCUCUUAUCUCUUGCUUGCUCUGAUGUCACUACAAAUCAGCUGGUGUUAUACAUUGUGGCCCUGUUCACUGAGAUCAUCUCCAGAGUGAUCAUCCUCACCUCCUUCUUAUUCAUUCUCAUCAUCAUAAUGAGGAUGUGCUCUUCAGCGGGAAGGUCCAAGGCCUUUUCCACCUGUGCGUCCCACCUCACAGUCAUCAUUGUCUUUCAUGGAACAAUCCUUUUCAUUUAUUGCUGGCCCCAUUCUGCCAACAAGAGUAUGGCCAUGGACAAAGUGACCACAGUGUUCUACACUGUAGUGAUUCCCAUGCUGAACCCCCUGAUCUACAGUCCGAGGAACAAGGAUGUAAAAGAAGCACUGAGAAAAGUAGUGAACUCCAAAAAAUUUUCCAAGAGAAUAUUUUCCUAG